AUGCAGGCGAGUGUAAUGUACCGUUUCCAAGGUAAUGAGGGAGAAGAAAUACCGCCAAGCGUUCAAGCACUGACCUUCAAUCCUGGCAUUCAGGAAUUGCACAACGAAUUGUGCUUCCAUCGUGAGUUCUUGAGGGAAGUAUCGUUCCCCGAAGGACUAAUCAAGAUUGGAAAUGAGGUUUUUGCUUACUGCAAGAGCUUGUUGGUGAUAAAUGUUUGCAGCACAGUGCAAUCCAUCGGAGAAAAAGCAUUUAUUUACUGUGAACUCUUGACGACAGUGGUGUUUGAAGAGUCUUUGUCAUCGCCCCAUCGGCUAAAGACAAUUGACGGUUGGGCUUUCUAUGGCUGUCGUUCGCUGGAACGACUCAAGAUUCCAUCGUCUGUGAACAUGAUUGGCGAUCGUGCCUUUCAGAACUGCGACGCCUUGGUCGAAGCAAUUCUAUCCAAUGCUGCCAUCACGGAGGUUCCCGAUAUGGGGUUCGCCAGUUGUUCUUCCUUACAAACUGUGAGCCUGCCAAAGACAAUAGAGCGUAUCGGUAUCGGUUCGUUCGGUGACUGCCAUUCUUUGGUUACCGUGAUGCUUCCCCUGGAUUUCCAGCCAAUCAAGCUUACAACCAGAUCCUUCGGUCGCUGCAAAUCUCUGGUGAACCUUGUGCUUCCGCAAGGGUCCACGGCCGAAUCAAAACCGUUUCUGCACUCGUUUCAGAAAUGUCCACUAUUGCAAGAUCGCUUCGGUGAAGAAGCAGAUAUUAUUGCCGCCGGUUUGGUACGCCGGUUCGAAAGGUUCCCCAUGCACAAACUGUGCUAUGACCAUUCCUCGACCACUGCCCAGAUGCUUCGACUGGCGUACAGCAUGGAGGACCACGGAGCGCUCGUGGAUCAAUUUGGAAUGACUCCCAUGCACGUCCUCUUUUCCACAACAAUCAAUCCAAGUCAAGAUCUGCUCCAAGCCCUUCUCGAAACGUUCCCAAGCCAUAUUCUAAACUUGGAAGAUGCCAAUGACAAACGACCAUGGGACUACCUAAUGGCCAACUGGAAUGAAACAAAUAAAUCGCUGCUUCAGAUGAUUCUUUCAACAUGGGUACUAGAUCCACUGAAUCGUUGGGAUACUCCUGCAUCUUGGAUGGGAGCCAUGCAAAGUAGAAUUCAAACGAUACUGCUUGCCGAAGCCGACACGGAACAGAGGAUAACUUUUUGCACGGAAACGUAUGAAAUCUUCAAACAGCUGGAAACAAUGGAAGCGACGUCGAUAUUGGAGAUGGCAUUAUGGAAAGGAAAACUAAAGUCUGGUUGGAGCAGCAAUGAUGAUGAUAAUGCCACCAAGAGACAGGCUCUAGAUCGAGAAGGGUGCCGAGUUGCCUGUGGGUCUAAUUUUGUAAUUCCAAAGGUAGUGCAGUUCUUGGACAUUUCUUCUGAAUAUGUUCUCCAAAGAAACUGA